UUCAAACUAUUAUUGAAAGAUAUAAAGAUGUUGAUUAGAGAAUUCUAUUACUUGGAACUGUACAAAGCUGUGCUCAAUGGUGACUGGGAAAGUGCUUCAAAAUUAUUGAAGGAUGAUCCACGAUCAUUCUCCGCCCCGAUCAGAACAGAUGAUUCCCGAAUGCUUCACAUAGCAGUUGAGUUAGGAGAGGCCAGAAUGGGUUUCGUGGAGAAGUUGGUUGAGUUUUUGCCAAGUGAGGCACUGGCUCUGCGGGAUUCUGAUGGCGUCACUGCCCUUUUCAACGCUGCAAGGGCUGGCAAUAUAAAAGCAGUCAAGUUGUUAGUGAACAAAAACCCAAGCUUGCCCAAUAUCUGCCAACGCGACAAUUUUGCGCCUCUUCACAGCGCUGUUAGGUAUGGUCAUAAAGAGCUGACUUUAUAUUUAUUAAGCGUCACCAGAGAUAAUGAACCUCCAUAUCCUUUCUCAAAUUCGCCUGGAUUUACAUUUGGCUCUAUGAAUGUUUAUCAUUCUAAGUGA